AGUUGAUUGGCCCUCCUGAAACAUGACCAAGGUUGAUGUCGACAAACCCUCCGCCAUUCGACCACUUCAUGACGAGGUGGCUUCUCGUUACAAGGAGUUGGUGCGGCGAGAGCAGGCUUUGGCUGCACGAGAAAAGCUAGCCGCAGAAGUUUGUCAAGCACAGGAGGAGAGAGAACAAGAUUUGGAAGAGUUUGCUGUGCGAUUGCAGCAGCAGGAGGAGGCGCUUCGGAAGUUGGAAGUGCAAGUGGCAAAAGAAAAGCAGGAAGCCGCGCGAGAAUCCUUAGUCGCCAAGCCGGGCGAGGGCCGACAAACACAUGAAGAAACUGCAGGUCUGAGAUUGAGCGAGCGGGCAGGCCGGGUGGCGAACCGCGAGAAACGCCUUGCUGAAGACGAAGCGGCUUUGUUGCGACGAGAGAACCGGAUUGCUGAAAAGGAAAAGAGGAUGGAGGGCCGUGAACGUGAUGUCAUGGAGGCAGAGGGCCGGAACAUGCGGGAAUUGGCAGCAAGGAGGCGGCAAGCAGAGUUGAGGGAGUUGCGUGUGGCUGACUUGGAGAGCCGGCUGGCAGAGGCGUGGCGUUUUCGCUCUAUGCCCAAACCAGGUCAAGAAGCAGUUCUUCAGGGAAGUCCACUGACGAGUAGCAUAACUCCGACUUCCAGGAGGACACUGGCCUGCGAGAUGUCCAUGGUGGGCCCCGGUGAGGAGCUCACUCAGACCCUUCCCAAGAUGCCAAGUCAAGAGGAAGGCCAUCGAGUGAAUCCAAAGGUGGUGCGCUUCGUGGAGCAACGCGCUUCAGCACUGGCACCGCCCGCAUCCUGGGAGAGGCUUCAUACUUCCUGGAGUCCUAGGUUUUACACUUAGGCUGGCGAGUGACAGGCCACAAAUCAGUACGGUACGCAAUAUCCCCCGUGUGUGUGUGAGUGUGUGAGUGAGAGGCCGCCGAACGCUGACCCGGACGAGCACACGCCGCAGAACGGCGGGGCCGGCCGACCAAGACUGACAGCUCGAAAGCGUGUAGCUGUCGAAGUCAAGCCCGAGGAGCCGAAAGAUGAGAAGUGGUAUUCGUCCACUCUGCGGCGGCUCACUCGUUGUGGAAGUUGAGUCCAGGGCGACGACCAGUUAGCACAGGGGAGACGCCUGUGGAUCCUGCACUUCCAGAAUUCACUUUUCGUUGUUUGAGUUGUUGAUCACCAAUCAAUUUGUGGAAUUCGUUUGAGCAGGCCAUCGGAAAAUCCGACGGAUGACGUCGCCUUUGCUCGUUGGCAGUUUGCAUUGCUGAUGGCUGAACAUGCUCUGAAUUCGCUCGCUUGUUUCAUCGUGGAAUCUUGGAAUCUAGGGGAAAGGGGGAAGGGAACGAGUCAAGGGGAAGACCUUUGCGAAAAGAUUGCGAAAAGAGAUCCAAGGCUGCCAAGAAGGCAAAGUUGGACUGCGUGACCUUUGGUUAAAGAACCGGCUUCUUCCCUUGCAAAGCUCCCGACAGCGCGUUUUUUUGACGCAUCGAUCUGCGAUGAAAGAAACGGCCUGCGGAAAAAGAAGAGAGCGGAAGCCGAGGCCGGUCUGAAGCUUGGCCGUGCAGCCAUCCAAGUUCUAAUCCGUGCUUCGCUGCCUUUUUCCAGAGGGACAGCGGCCGGGAGAUGUCUG